AUGAAGGACAAAGAAGAAAGCCCCCACCAAUGCCCCCAUCCCGACGCAAGACCCUCAUCCGGUGUCACUACGCGAGCCAUCAUCCGCACCCUCCAACUCAUCUUCGCGGUGCUCGUCGCCGCCCUCUACGCGGUCGACCUGGCCCAUGCUACCGAAACGCGAUCUCGCGCCUCCUCGGAAUGGAUCUUCGCUCAAGCCGUCGCGUGUCUCUCCGCUGUGACCGCCGUUGCGCAUUGCACGCUGGGGCGGAGGCGGGUGGUCGCGGCCUGGUCCGCUUGGGACUUCGUGCUCUUUGUUCUCUGGCUCGCGCAGACGGGGGUCUUUGGGACGAUCUACAUCUCUGAGGGCGUGGGGUCAGUGUACCGGGAGAGGACGACUUCUUUGCUUCGGAUGAAGGUGGCGGUCUGGAUUGAUCUCGUGAAUAUGAUGCUAUGGUUGGGGACGACGGUCAUGGGGCUGGUUUGUUCGACACGAAAGCAGCAUGAGACGGAGGCGUUGGCGAACUAUGCGGAGGCCGUCGAGCGGUUGGUGGCGGGCGAGGCGGACAGCCCUCCGCCGCCUUACUGUGAGAAAGAGAGGCUCACCCAGGUUGAGAAAGGGUUGCGGUGAAAUCAAACAGGUAUAAGGAAAAUUACUGGACGACUGGCUAAGGGAAUGACUCGACGACAGAAUGCUAUAUGUUAUGGCGAAUAAGAGCAGCAGGAUGAUGCGUAACCAGGUAUA